AUGCCGGCUCACUUUUCGCCGGCUGUGAGGACGCUUCAGUCAGCCAGCCAAGCUGUUGAGAGUGGCACCCUGUGGUGUGGGACUUGGGCCCCGGUCCUGUGAAUCUUGUUGUCUCAAGUGGUGCUCUGUUUGAUCACAUCAGGUCUCCUUACUUAUCCCACCUCGCCUUCCAAACAGUCUGUCACUACGACUGUUCUAGGCUACAAUGACCCAGGCUAGGUACUAGGUAGUGGUGUACAAUGAUGCUGAAGCAUCCACCUGAUAGAGAUAUUUGUAUUACCCAAUGUUUUUAAUCACCUGCUUCAACUGCUGGGAGGCUCUCUUCAUCCCAUAUCUUUCUCCCAAUUGAGCUGUUCUGCAAUGUUCUUUGGGAAUUGGAAUUCAAAUAGGAUGGCAACUCCCCAUUGGUGGCAGCAGCAUGUAAAGUAUGGUCCAUAUCCAAACCUAGGUAUUCCUUUGGAUUGUUGCAGGAUUUCCCUCUUUGUGUUUAGAAUCCAAAUGUUGAGGAUUCAGAGAAAGUGGGAUGUUGAGAGGGUCCAGAAUUGACAUUUGGAGGAAACUCAUGGCAGAGACACUGAAGGAAAUCUCUGGGAAAGGAUAAUCUCUCAUUCAGUCCUCAAUUUAGGUCCACUCAUCUGGUAAAUACAGUACCUCUGUCCCUAUCCAACCCUAUAAUUUUACAAUAGCCCAACGUAUCAUUUGAAGCUCAUCCACACUAGGGGUAAUAGCAUGCAUUCUGAUCCAUUCUAAUGCACAUGAAUCCUUGGUGGAUCGAUCCCUGUUGUUCACAGUCAUCUUCCAGUCUUGGAAGAGAUCUGAGAUAUGUUUAUGACUGACUGGUUUAUUUACGAUUAUUUUCCUCCUAAACGUGCCCUCCACCCAUGGGUCAGGAACAGGAGGUCGUUCUAUCGACAUAUCCCUGAUUUUGAAAUAUGGUCAAAACAGUAGAUCAUCUUUAAAAACGUCUUACCAAAUAUUGCUAAUAUUUGUAAUUUCUUGAACCAUAUAAGGUAGUUCAUUUAUACAGUGAUACAGAACUAUCUUCAGUGUAAUGCUCUGCUACUGCUUUACAUUUAAUGGGGUCAGGAAAACACAACAUGAUUGAUAUUGGUAAGAUAAUUGCCCUAAGGAGCACAGUUAGAAAGAUAUGGCAUAUAGAAGCAAACCGGAUGGACACCAUGAAAAUGAUCGGAGAGGUUGAGAGUAGAAGAAGUUCAGGAGCAAAAAAAAAAAUAUAUAUAUAUAUAUAUAUAUAAUAGAAUUAUUGUAAAAUUAACUCUGUCCAUAAGGUGUAGAUAGUAAGUAUAGACCGGAAGUAGAGGCCUGGGCAUUGUUGUUCACUAAUUUACUCCAAGUAGGGAAAGGAUGGUGGGGUUGAAAAGUAAUAAAGGGGAGUAUAUAUAUAAAAAAUAAAAAAAACAUGGGGGAUUGGAAGUGAUGCAGACAAUUACAUUGAUAGAAGAUACAAUCUAUCUGCAAUAUUAAGCUGAUCCAUUCCCCCCCCCCCCCCCAAAAAAAAAAAAAAAAGAUAAUUGCCCUUUUAGCCAGUCUCCUUUGGCCUUUAAGAUGUGAGAUGGGUAUCAGUUAUCAAAUAAACAGACUUUUAUGCAGAAUUCAUUAGAUAUCUGUAUUUGAUGGAAACAUUGAAUAAUGUCCUCAGAACCUUAUCUCCCAAACGCAUUUCAGGUUUACCCUUCCUGUUAAAACAAGUUGUCAAUAUGCUGUUCUUCCUCUCUUUUCUUUCAUCGUCAUACUAAAAGUGAUUAUUUAUUUUUUAUAUCAUUAACAGCGGGUGGAUAAAGUGAGUUUCGCCCUGUAAUAUUUAAAACAAAAAAGUUCAAAGCUCAGACUUAAAGGUCUGCAAAAUAAGUCUUUAUUUUAUUUAAGACAUUUCUGCUUCAGUCUUUUAUGUCAGUUCUUUGGCGUCAUAAUUUUGUGUCUUGGAAGAUUGACAUGGGCAAAUUAAAUCAGUCAUGAUUCAGAGGAUAGAAUACAUCGUCACACUUGAAUUUAAGUUAAAUGUGGUUUGGUGAAGUUAAUCCUUUUUAAAUGCUUUCUGCUUUUACAUAAUAUCUGCAUUAUCAAUUAUUUGUAUACUUAAAUAAUAUCAUAUUACACUGUGUAUUCUAUUCAUAGUAAUUAUGCAUGCCAUUUUAGCUGCAUUACUUAGUAUGGUAGAUUAAUUGUAUCAACAGUGUUGAAAACUGCUAGCAGAGCACAUUUAUCAACACUUUACUCCUUCUCUUCAUGUUUAACCAUCUGUUGAUAAUGUGUUCUUACAGCAGAACAUUAUUAUCGCGGAAUAAAGUAUUCUCACAGUUUUAUUACUGCAUCCAUUUGUUCAGGAGACAAUUGAUUUUCUGUUUAACCGUUCUCAUUAUUCACAUUUUAUGACCAUAAAGACUGUCCUCAUUCCUCAAUUCUGUCACAGAUAUCCUGAAUACUGGUUGUGUGAAUAAUAACUAAAAUCAACUAUGUGUUAAUUAGCCAAAUUGAUAAAUAGUAAUUGCUUUGGUAAGUCUGUUUCCAAACCAUCUACCAGGAAUCCUGUCACACAGAGUAGUGAACAGACAUCCAUAACUACAUCUCUGCCUUUCUCUGUCUCCCAUCAGGGCUUUCACUACCCUAUCAGAUGACAGCAAGGAGGCCAGGGCUAAGCAGCUGUACCAACAGGGGACAGACCUGGGCUUGAAGGACGUCCAGCUGGCCAGUUACAGCGUCCUCCUCAGCCUGACUGGCCCCUCCCCCAGCAGCAUCGUGCACUGGGACAGCCACCAGUGUUUCGUGCUCAGCGGGGCUCAGUAUGACCCCAGGAACCACAACAACAACAACCCCACGGCAGACCAACACUUCUCCUAUGCUGCCUACUCAGCACAUUUACCCUGUUGUAUUCUCUGA